CGUCCAGUUAACGUGGACGGAGCGCUUCGAAUUUGACGGUGAAACGCUGUCAACCGUCGUCGAGCGUCGGUCAGUUUUGACUUGAACGCAUGGCCGACUCGCCCCAAGCGCUGCACGACCGGCUCGAGAAGAGCGCGUUUGCGUUCGAAGUGCUCGAAGCCGCCUACCUCAAGCUCGCCAACGAGAACCGGUCGCUCAAGGACGCGCUCACGACGAUGGAGCUCAAGCUGCUCGACCAGUCGCCUACCGUGGUGACCGCCGAGCCCAUCGACCUCUCGUCGGCUCUGCUUCAAGAAGAGGUCCAGGCGCUAAACGACCAAGUGGCGGCGUCUCAAGUCAUCAUAAACGCGCAAGAAGCGUCCAUCGCGCGCCUCGAAGAAGCCGCACGGGUCUAUGAAAUGGAGCUCCUCGACGUCCAUAUGCAGCUUGAAAUGAAAUCGCUGGACAAAACACCGUCCACGGCCGACGACCAAGAGCCGCUCACAUCGCCUUUCUUUGCCGUUCUUCAAGCAACGGUGCAAGCAGCGUCGCCUCCGCCACCGCCCAGUGGCCACCCUUACCGGCGAGCGCAAUCACUGACGCGGGCGCCAAUCCUUGACUCCGAGGCAGCGCACGAGGCGAGAUUAGACGCAGCGCACUGGCAGCGCGUGGCGCAACGUACGUCGCAAGAGCUUAUGAGUGCGCAGGAGGAGCUCGCUUGCCACGAGCAAGUCGCCGCGUCGCUCCGCCACGUUAUCGAGCACCAAGCCACCGAGCACGCGCUUACGACUGCAGCCCACCGCGAUGCGAUCCAGUCGCUCAAAGAAAAGCUCGACUCGCAGCGCGCACGGCUCGAUGUGCUCAGCCCCAUGGAAGCGGCGCUCACGGCGGCUACGUCACGGCUCCGCGUACUGGAAGCCGCCGUGGCGACCGACAUCCUUACCCAGCUCAACGAGAAGGACCUCGCGUUGCAGUCGAUCCAAACCACGCUACGCCAGCACACGCUGCUACUGAACACACGAGGCUGCCACGAAAAGUCCCUCGCCGCGCAGGUGGCGAUCUUUUGCAAUGACGUGGCAACGCGUGUGCGCCAGCUCGUGCUCGAGACGGAGACACUCAAAGACGCGAAAACAUCGCUGAUGGCGUCGUCCGAGGCGCAGCUCCAGCGCAUUAAAGAGCUCAAGGGUCAGGUCCAGGACCGGGACGCGAUCUUGCGCGUGCUCCAAGUGCAAGUUCACCCGACACCCUCGUCACACAUUCGGCCCCUCGACACCCUUCGCGCCAGUUUAAGCACGCCCAAGCUCCACCGAAUGGCUCUAGUCGAUUGA